AUGAUAGGCGUACUUUUGUGGUGUGUGGUGUGGCUUUGCACUCUCGGAGCAGAGGCAGCAGCAACUACCCACGAGUUCUACUAUAAGGUGCAGUACGUGCUAGCCAAUCCGGAUGGAGUGUACGAAAAACAGGUCAUAUCGUUCAACGGAACGUGGCCCCUCCCGACCAUUGAGGUGAACAAGGGUGACAGGGUCAAGUUGCAUCUCAUCAAUGGUUUGGAGGAUGCUACAACGUCCCUCCACUUCCAUGGGUUGUUCAUGAAGGGCGUAGGAUACAUGGACGGUCCUGUUGGCGUCACGCAAUGUCCGAUAAGUCCCGGCGAUUCUAUGCUUUACGACUUCGAGGUUGACCAGUCGGGCACCUACUGGUAUCACAGUCACAGUGGAUCACAGUACAGUGACGGGCUUAGAGGACUGUUUAUCAUCCAUGACGAGGAACAAGAGGCCAAAUACGCUUUCGACAAACAGCUGUCAUGGAGUAUUAGCGACUGGUACCACCUUCCAAGCGCAGAGCUUGUCAAGAAGCAAUUGACAAGAUACAACCCAACUGGUGCAGAGCCAAUUCCGCAGAACUUGAUUUUCAAUGACUCCAGGAAUGUCACUAUCAACAUUGACUAUGACACGAAAUACUUGAUCCGGAUUGCCAACAUCGGUAUCAUGGUGUCGCAGUUUUUCUCCAUUCCUGGCUAUGAGUUCGAGAUUGUCGAGGUCGACGGAGUCUACACAGAGCCAAAGAAGGCCAAGAUGGCAUACCUUACGGUUGGCCAGAGAAUGAGCAUCUUGUUGAAGACCAGACCGAAGUCCGAUGUCGACUCCAACAUUAUUAUCUUCACCUCCAUGGAUCGCCCGAUGCUCGAUACCAUUCCGGUUGAUUUGGAACUCAAUUCGAUCAAUUACUUGGUCUAUGACAAAGCAUUACCGAUGCCAAAACCUCCAAGCUGGAUCAACGACCAAGACUCCUUUAAGCCGUUCAAUGAUCUUGAAUUAGUGCCAUCAAGCCAUACUCCAUUAUUACCCGAGCCUGAUCAUAGAAUAAAUUUAUUGCUGCACAUGGAAAAUUUGGGCGACGGCGUAAACUAUGCUUUCUUCAAUAACUAUACCUACGUGGCACCAAAAGUUCCAACAUUACUCACGGCCUUGAGUGCACCAGCCAGUUUAGUUAACGAUGCCCGAAUUUACGGAUCGAAUACAAACAGCUUUGUUUUGAAAAAGGACGAGGUAGUCGAGAUAGUGAUAAACAAUGAAGACGACAACAAGCACCCGAUGCAUUUGCAUGGACAUCAGUUUCAAAUACUUGCACGCUCAAAGGACUUUGAGGAACCUGUACAUUAUGAUCCUGACAAGCAGGCUUCAUUUGCUGAGUUCCCAAUCAUGCGAGAUACGGUCUACGUGGAAGGCAAUGGGUACUUGGCCAUCCGCUUUGUGGCUAACAACCCAGGAGUGUGGUUCUUCCACUGCCACUUGGAUUUCCACUUGGAACAAGGUCUUGCUGUAACCCUGGUGGAGGCGCCGGAUUACCUUGACAAAUACAUCCCCGAUGAUCACAUAGAGACGUGCGUGCGCUCAAACAUGCCAACAAAGGGUAAUGCUGCCGGCAAUGCCCAUGAUUUCUUGAACCUACAUGGCGAAUUUGUACAGCCUGCACCACUUCCAGAGGGAUUCACACCGAAAGGUUACGUUGCGCUUUUUGCUUGCACAGCUGCUGCCCUAUAUGGUAUUUGGUCUAUCUAUGUUUUUGGAAUGAACGAUAUUUCGGUAACAGAGGCGGGUAAAAUAAACAAUGAGAAGCGUGUCAUGCAGAAGUAUAUUGAGAUCUUAGAGCGUUUGAAGAUGAAGUCAGUGGAAAGCCAGUCAGAAGAGACAUCUGCUGACAUUGAAAAGAUGUUGAAACAAGUUAUCGCCCUCAACAACAAGCUAUCGCAGCUUUAA